GGAUGAGACGUAUCUGUAUCUUGACUAGCUUCACAUUGGUCCGCGUGUUGAUACUGAAGAGUAGAUCGAGAAGAAAUUAAAGAGUUUUUUUUUGCAUCACAGAGACCUAAACUCAGGACGAAAUCAAAGAAAAUGGACAUGAAGAAGAGGGUCUCCCUAGAACUGAGGCACCGGCCACCGACGGAGGUGAGUGACCCAGUUUGUUGUCUAGUUUCACGAGUGGCCGGUAAAGACGAGCACAUGGCGGGGUGCCUGCAGGCUCUUAAAGUUGUUUAAAUGUAUAUUUAGCUGUUCACAUACCUCUUAAAGCCUGGAGUAUAACAUAAUUCUGAGUGUAUGUUUCUUUACUUCGAAAAUGGACCCCUGUGUCAUGAUUAUGCGCGGUAUUGAAACAGUUUCCCGCUCCAUUUUUGUGUAAAGUUACGUGCAUUUUAUUUCUUUUGAAUCAUUUUUACCCACGCUGUUUGCAGAUUGUUUGUUACCUACGAUGUAAUUCAACCGAACUUGCACACGCCCUUUGCCUGCGCACUAAAACGUACAUCCGUGUUUCCCGGGCCUGGCUAAUGUCUGGAAUAGCGUUGUUUUUUAAGUGAUAAGUUGUGUCGAAAAGCUACACCGCGCCUAAAAUGUUAAACUUUUUCAACAUACAAGACUCUUUGUUUUGAUUUAUAGUUGAGACUUCGUGUACAUUGCUACGAGGCAUCGUUUUAAAAGCGAGAAAUGGUGGCGUUUGUGAUGGUAUCACACUGGUCUGGAGCAAUUCUGGCGUCAUUGUCGUUUAUUUUUUAGCUUAAAUUACAAAGUUAAGUACAACACAUCUCUUUAUGUAGAAAUUGCACUUUAUGGUUUUUUUUCAGUUUUGUUUGAACCCCUUAUAACACCGUUUCAUAUUGUCGUCGUCCUUCCAGUGUUAAGUCGUUGUCGGUGUUCCAGGAAAAACUGCUACCUAUUAAGUUCUGCUUCUCCGCCUAUCUGCGCACGCUCCGCGCCGUAGACGAGAACGCUUGUUGCGUCAAACACAGGUUAAAGCGACCAUAAUUAGUUAUUUUCUUCUUAAAUCUAAAACUUUAUACAGAUAUAGUUUAUUAACAUCCUUCUUGCUGUGAAUGUGUGCGUGAAAUUAACAGUCAAGCGAUUUUUUUGCAUGAAUUCUGUUCGAGUAAACGACGUUGUCUCUAAAAUCUUUUUAAACCUCUCCUAAAGUUUCGGUAUUUAAGCACCUAAACGUGCCCCUGUUUCCCGACAAUAUAGGCAAAGUGAACGGACAAAGGGACUCAGUACUGUGGACAUUGUUUGAUAACUUUCGCCAACGGUCGAGAUAAUUUGCCUCGUUUCACAAAGGAAGCCAAACCGUACAGAACACCAAGCUGAGGGCGCGUAGUCAGUUGCAUGCUAACGCUAGCCAGCUAACGGGCUAUCCCGUGUGCGCACGUUUCGCCAUGGUGUGGAACACAAACCUCCUAAAUUUGUAUGAAACUUGUCUGUAAACGUAUAGCUUUAUUCUGAGGGCCGUAGGUUGGCGCAGUAAGUUAGAUAAAGCGUAGCGAGCUUUUAGGAGAGUGCUAAAGUUAGCAGUUAAGCUAACGUAGCAGCGUCACAUGUGUUGGGAGUUUAUAAACAGAGCCGGGACCUGUUCCAAUAUGAAACCGAGAAAGGUUUCCAAACUGUGGGCCGCGGCUUCUAAAUAGUCCGUGAAAGCACUGACUGUGCCAUUUAAUGAAAGAUUUUUACAAAAUUUUUAACCCUAGGACACUGUUGCUAAAAUUGGUAACACCAUCACUAUCCCUGGGUGAUUUUUACCCGAAAUAAUGUCCCCAAGAAAAAGUCCUUGUCAUCAAAAUAUGUCAAAAUAGGACAAUACAUGACAAAUUAAAGUAGUUUUAUAUUAUUUUUAACGGUGCAAUGUCCAAUUUCAAAAUGAACACGCAUGUAGAUUGUAACAAAACUGCUAAAGGAAGGGGAAAUACUGUGUCUGUCAUUGUGGUUUUCAUUCAUCAUCAUCAGGUAUUUCCACCAGAGUAACGUUUGUGCUCUAGACUCGUAAUGACUGAUCUAGAUUAGUCAUACUGUCGAUAUAUCCCAGGACUGAAAGUCAUUUUCACAGAGUUAGAGUUCAGUCAAGCUGUCUCUGCCUAGUCUACACCAAGAUUUCAAGUAAAAAGUAAAACUCAGUCUCACGUAAAAGGUUUUACAUUUAAUUUGAGGGCAGCCAAUAAGGAGUCUUUCUGGCUCUUAUGACUUUAUUUGGCUCAACUUUAGACCAGUAACCUUCAUUUAGAUAUGGUUGUUAUGCAAACAGCAGCGCAUGAUUUACAGAUCUACAGGUAUAACCCCUGACCGUCUGUACCGUUCUUUUGUCAGGUCCAGGAGCUGGUUCUAGAUAACUGCCGCACUCCUGACGGGAAGAUUGAAGGAAUCACCGCAGAGUUCUCGAACCUGGAGCUGCUCAGCCUCAUCAACGUCGGCCUGACCAGUGUGUCAGAUUUCCCCAAACUGGACAAACUGAAAAAGGUCAGAGAAACAGGACAAACCUGAGCUGGACUCUCUCUGGUGGGAUGGGUGGAUGAUACAAAAACUGAUUGAGAGUAAAGCCCUGCUCGCUGUUUCUACUGCUAUUUUCAUUUUUACCAUAUGUUUCAAAGUCAAACAGUCUAGUUUUAGCUGCUGAAUAUGAAAUUGCAAAUGUUGGAUUAUUUGAUAUAAAAGAGGAUCUGUCCUCUGGGGGUACUGGAAUUAUUUUUUAUGCACUAAAAUCCCCAAAUGUUGUCCCCAAAUUAGCAGAUGAACUAUUGGAUCAUUGAGGACAACUUUCCUCAAACUUAAGAUCGAUUAAAAAUGGUCCCGAACUGAUUGUUGUUGUUUUUCAAAGCCUAAUGCUGCAUUCGAGUUACCUCGGAAGUCAGAAGUCCAAGUUGAAAAUGACACCACGCCCGAGUUCCCAGCAUUUCAGUCACCGAAAGCCUUGUCCGAAUGCAAGGCAAGCGCUAAAAAAACUUUCGUAGAUGUAGCCAUCUUGUUUCAGGACUCCGAUUUUACUUUUUUCCGACUUGGUAUCUGAAACGCUGGGAACUCGGGUGCGACUUGAUUUUCAGCUCUGACAUCUGAGGUUACUCGAACGCAGCAUAAGAACGGACUGUCUCAUUGUUUCUGCCCAACUGAAAUUUCUUGAUGAAGUGAAGUGAGAUCUUGUUUUCCUCCCCGGUGCAGUUGGAGUUGAGUGACAACAGGAUAUCAGGAGGUCUGGAGGUCCUGUCAGAGCGACUGGUGAACCUAACGCACCUCAACCUCAGCGGGAACAAGUUCAAAGACAUCAGCACUCUGGAGCCUCUGGUGGGUACAGGCGCACCGAACACACUCAAGUUUUAUCUCCUGAGAGCAGAAGAAGGAGUUGUGGCGCUGUGGGCAGGUGCUGAGUCCUGCUGGAGAAGGAAAUCAGCAUCUCUGUGAAGCUUAGACAGUUUUGUUUUAAUGUUCGUGGAAAUAUUAGAAUUCUGCCGCAUGGUCUGAUUAUCCGGUUUGUUCAUCGUCCUCCAGAAAAAGUUGCCCCAGCUGAAAAGUCUCGACCUGUUUAACUGUGAGGUGACAAACCUGGCCGACUACAGGGACUCCAUCUUUAAGCUCCUCCCACAGCUCAUCUACCUGGACGGCUACGACAUCGACGAUUGCGAAGCCUCCGACUCAGACGGGGAGGGAGAUGGAGUGGAGGAUGAGGACGAAGAGGGUGAGUUUUAAAACUACACCGAAGGAAAAACUACGAUUUGAAAAUUUGAGUUUUUGACACUUUUCCUGCGUUUUCUUCAGGGGGAGAGUCUGAGGACUUUGAGGAUGAAGAAGAGGAGGAUGAGGAGGAUGUUGUGGCUGAAGAAGAUGAUGACGACGAUGACAGCGGUGAUGAUGAGGUGAGCAGAAGCCUUCUUCUUGUCGUUGGUUUGAGGUCCUUUAAAGAAUCCUGGUCUCGAUUUAAAGUUGCUGGUCUCAUCUGCAUCAUCCAUCUUUGUGUGUGCAGGACGGAGAGGUGAACGGAGAUGUGGACAGUGAGGAGGAUGACGAUGACGACGAGGAAGAUGAGGAGGAUGAAGGUUAGUAACAGAUCUUUUUAAACGCCUUUUCCUCUGUGAUCCAGUUUCCUCUGGCUUUUCUGGAUCAGAAUCGUUGCAUCGGUGACGUUUGUGAGAGAAAAUAUUUGAACACUUUCGUUUUUGUUUUACUGUAUUUUUCACACUUUAAGGCGCACUUAAAAUCUUUUAAUCUUCUCAAAAAUCCUCAGUGCACCUUAUGUAUGAAUUAUGGUUGUGCUUACUGACCUCGAACCGAUUUUCUGUGGUACACAGCGCGCUCAAAAAUCUGGCAAAGUGUUUUAUUACGACUUCAGUUAGCUACAAAGCCGCACAGCCUGAAGGCUUGUCGGAGCACUGCAGCUACCGUAGCCUCGCAGAGUUAUUGAAUAAGUUAAAUAAAGUUUGACUAAUCGGACUGUUUUGUUUGGCUUAAUGCGUUUUAUAAUCCGGUGCACUUUAUGUAUGAAAAUAGACGCAAAUAGACAAGUUCACUGAUGGUGCGCCUUGUAGUGUGAAAAUACAGGAAUUUUUGUUAUCACUGUAGAUUUUGAGGUAUUCAUGUUUAUAUUUUUUAUGUCAUGGUGAUAUUUUGUUGUUAUUAUUCUGGCUGUUUGUGUGAUUUAGUUUUUCCCAAUUAUUUGAAGUUUAUCAAAAAAGGAGUAAAGAGGUUUUUGAAAAGUAGUUUUUUUUUUUCUUCUUUUAAAAAAAAUGAAUGUUAAUGGACUUUCUGUUAAUUUUCCAUCAAUUUUUUUGUGUAAAUUUUUUUUUCUAUGUAUUUUUUUAUUAUUUUAUGUAUUUAUUUUUUCAUCAUUUAGAGUUUUUGUGAAAAUUUAAUUUUUUUUUUACCUUUUCUUUCUUUUUUUGAAUUUUUUAUUAUUAUUAUUUUCAUUAUUUGGACUUUUUGUUAAAGUUCUUUUUUUUUUUUCAACCUUUUCUUUCUUUUUUCCUAAAUUUAUUUAUUCAUUUAUUCAUUCAUUAUUUGGACUUUUUGUGAAAAUUCUUUUUUUUUUACAUUUUCUAUUUUUGCAUUUUUGUAAUAUUUGAAUUUUUUUGUCCUUUUUAAAUUAUUUUUGUCAUUUUUUAGCUUUUUUGUGUUGCAGGUUUUAUUGUACCUGUUUUUAUUGUUGUUGUCUUUUGUUUAUUUGUGUUAUUUGACGUUUAUUUUUAAGUUAUUUAGUUCCCUCUUUUUAAUCAUGUGAUGAGUAUUUUUCUUCCUCCUUUUUUUGGAAUUUGACAAUCAUAUGAUUGCGAGGCUUUUUAUGCUUGUUUUUCUUGUUUUGUUGUUCCUGACAAACCUCUGUCGUCUCCUGCAGACGAGGACUCGUCACCAACCAAAGGAGAAAAGAGGAAGAGGGACCCUGAAGACGAUGAUGAAGAUGAUGAUUGAAGACCCUCAGAGACCCUGUUUACCCCUUUCCACCUCUUGCCCGCCGCCCCUCCCCCAUGUGACCUUUCCCCUCCCCCACUGACGCUCGUCCUCCUCCUCUGACUCCUCCCACACCCUUUAUCUGGUUGCUGGGCUGCGUUCCAGUUUAGAUACUGGUCUCCUCCCGCUGCAUCCUCGUCUCCAGUAAAAACCAAACACCAGCGGCCAAUCCUAUCUCAUAAAAAUCACAUUCAAGAGCACCAAAAUGUUCAGAAAAAACACUGUGAAAAAAUCUUUGAGUUACCCAAAAUAAUGACCUCCAGUUUUUUGUUUGUUUUUUGUUUUUUUUAUUUUUUAUUUCCUGGGUCUUUUCUUUUGUCGUAGCAGUAUUUCAAAUUCCCCAAACAGACCCACCCUCUGUCCUCUCCCCAGAUUUCCCUCGAGGCCGAGCACGCUCAGGGCAAACUGUGUUCUCUCUCUGACUCUCUCUCUCUUUUGCCAACAGAGCUUUUUAAAAGAAAUAUUUUUGCAGAGAAAAUGUUUUUUGUUUAAUUUUGUAUGGUUGUCUGGGGUCUUUCUCUCCCUCUCUCGCUCUCUCUCUCUCUCUCUCUCUCUCUUUCUCUUGCUCAGAGAGAUCCAGUUGAUCCGUCACUCUUACACUGACUAGUUGAGGUUGUUUUCUUGUACUUAAUUUUUUUACUUUUCUGUAAGUUAAAGUAAAAAAAACAACAAAAAACACACAAAAAGGACUUUGUAAAUAAAAUCUUAACAUUUUGCUCUUUGCGUCUCCAAUCUCGCCUUUUGUCUGUCUGACACUUUUCCUUUUGCUUUGAUCAGAUGAACUUUGGCAUGUCCUCCGUGAGGACGAAUUUGACCCUUCUAGCCUUGUUGUUCUGGAUAAUGAUUGAAAUUGUGAAUGUUUAUUUUGACAGCAUGACUCAGCCAGACCAGGAACAUUGCUUUUUAUCAGCCGCAGUGGGAAAAUAAAGGUAGAGACAUCAGCCAGAAUAUUACAACCACCGUCUAUUAAAGAUCUGAACCAGGUCUGAUUCAUGGAGGCCCCACCUUCCUUCUACCAGAUACCACAUCAGACCUUCAGGGGUCCUCUUGUGAAGGCCAGUAUCAUCCUGUUCUGGACCUGACCUGACUACACAGUGAUAGACAGGUGGCUGUAUGUUGUGGCUGAUCAGUCUACAGUGUUACCAAACUGCUCUUACAAAGUUUGUCCACUAGAGAGCAGUCACAGCUUUGAAAUAUGUCUUAAAGAGAUCUUGUUAAUGUUUCUGAGAUUAGGUGGUGAUCCACUGAUGUGCAGGAAUAUUUGAAUAAACUACAAACAAAAAUACAUGCAAAAGUUACUCAAA